CUCUCUCUCUCUCUCUCUCUAUAUAUAUAUAUAAUCUGUCCUCCCCGUCUUUCUCUCACUACAUCUCUCUCUCUAUCUCUCUCUUCUCUCAAUCUCACAUACGAACACAGAGUUGGCGCCUCAGAAACGCCGGCGACUGAAACGCCGUAAAAAUUGGUUCUCUUCUCAUCCUCGGCCUCGCACCGACUUGCCGGCAACUAAAACACCAUUCAAUACUCCGUCAAAACCCUAAAUCCCCGCGGCCGAAUCUGGAAUCCUCACGGGUAAUGCCUAAUGAAUACUGAUUCUCGUCGUUCCGAUACGGCGAUAGAUUACCGAUACCUGAUUGGGCAGAUAAUCAUAUUUUUUGCGCUAUUUAUUAACCUUGAUACAUUAUGGCGGCAAAGCAAGUGAUUAAGCGUGCCAAGUACAAGUCUGCAGUGAAGGACCCCGGGGUUCCCGGCAUUCUCGAAUUGACAAUCGAAAGAUUUGUUUUUAGGCCAAACGAUCCAAAAUCAACCACGAAGCUAAACGUGGAGUUCAAGCUGAUUAAAGGGCAUAAAUUCACCAAAGAUGGUUCCAAACAGGCCCUGCUGAAUCUCACCCAAGACCAGGGGGGUAAUUAUAUUUUUGAAUUUACUAAUUUUGCUGACCGUGAUGUAUGCAAAGAAUUCGUCGCGAAUGCUCUUGCAUUUCAUUCUGAAUCUGGGAAAACAAUACCUGAAAAAUCUGACGUUCCAGUUAAUGAACAUCUUAGCACCGCAGAGACAGAGCAACGUAUUAAGCUACUGCAGGAGAACAGUGAACUACAGACACUUCACAAGCAAUUUGUCUUCAAAGGUAUUCUCACAGAUGCUGAAUUUUGGGCAACAAGGAAGAAAUUACUGGAACAGAGUGAUGGCAGAAGGCGAAAACAGCGGCUAGCAUUAAAAAAUGAAAUGUGGACUGUGAAACCAUUAUCCGAUGGUCAGUCAAACAAAGUGACAUUUAACUUGACACCAGAAAUCAUUCAUCAGAUAUUUUCCGAAAAACCAGCAGUUCGCCAAGCAUAUUUGAAUUUUGUCCCUCACAGACUGUCAGAAAAGGAUUUCUGGACCAAAUAUUCAAAAGCAGAAUAUCUGAAUAGUUCAAGAAAUGUAAGCGUUGCAGCAGCAGAGGCUGCUUUAGAUGAGGAGCUUGCUGUUUUCCUAAAGCGAGAUGAUAUGCUGGCAGAUGAAGCUCGGAGAAAGGUCAGGCGUGUGGAUCCAACCGUGGACAUGCAAGCUGAUGAGGGCGAUGAUUACAUACAUCUCCAGGAUCAUGGAUUAGUGCAUGAUGAACCGAAGGAUUAUAUGGAAUCGCAAUAUGAACCAUUUCGGAAGUCCUUCUCACAAGAUUUGAAUCAGCAUGGUGCUGUUGUUCUUCAAGGAAGAGUUCUAGAUGCCGAGCUAAGAGAUACAAGGUCUGUUGCUGAAGCCAUUAUCAGGAUAAAACAGGCGGAACUUUCUGACGAAGUAUCCACCAGGAAUUUAGAGAGAGAUAUCUCAGACAGGAUUUCUCGAAUGGCCGAAAUGGAGGAUCUUCAGGGGCCUCGAGAUCCUGCAGUCGCCCCCCUCAGUAUUAAGGAUCCGCGCGACUACUUUGAUUCUCAACAAGCUAAUGCGCUAAAAGCAUUGGCCGAUGGUAGUGGAGGUGAAAGAACAUUAAAAUCCAGCGUCAGUUCACAUGAAGCUUAUGGUUCGUUAAAGAAUCUCGUCUCUCACAAUAGAGUCAUGGGUUUGACUGAACCAGUGAUGAGUCACGAGGUUGCUCUUAAGGUCCUCAGCGCAUUGACCCAGAAUAUCUCCAGCACCAAGUUUCAUCUUGGAAGCAAUCCACACGAGAGUGUCCUGGACAGAUUGCCAAAAUCAACGAAAGAUGAACUUUUGAUUCAAUGGACUUCCGUUCAGGAACUGUUGAAACACUUCUGGUCGUCUUACCCAAUUACGACGAAGUACCUCUAUACAAAGGUUACCAGAAUGAAAGACGCUAUGUCGCAGAUUUAUCUGAAGUUGCAGGAGAUUAAGGAAUCAGUGCCGUCUGAUUUCAGGCAUCAAGUCUCUCUUCUUGUUCACCCGAUGCUUCAGGCUCUAGAUGCCGCCUUUGCACACUACGAUGCCGAUGUACAACGAAGAUCGACCAAGGGUUGAGAAAGACCAUAAUUGUUUGUGUAGCGAAUUUUUUUCAAAUCCACAUAAGAAUGUGUAUUUUACGAAAUUUUGAUAGUGUUUAUUUUCCUUUUAAAUAAAAAAAUAUAUUCUUUUGUUUUUUCGGCUAUGCUUAUAGUGAGGAUUGUGUGUAAAUUAUUCUUGAUAUUAAUUGUUUUACAGCUAA